AUGGCGGCCAACGAUAAGGAGAGAAAUCGUCGGCGGAGACGCAGUAGCAGUCUGAUGUAUCAAGAGCCGCCGGAGAGCUUGGAGCAGCAGAGUGAUCAGGCAACCAUGCCGAACCUGAAUGCGCAGUGGGUAAACGCGAAAGGCGCCUGGAUGAUUCACAUAAUCCUUAUCCUCCUCCUCAAAAUCCUCUACGACAUCCUGCCCGGCGUCUCGCAAGAGCUCUCCUGGACGCUAGUCAACACCACCUACAUGUUCGGCUCUUACCUCAUGUUCCACUGGGUACGCGGCGUACCCUUUGAGUUCAAUGCGGGCGCAUACGACAAUCUCAACAUGUGGGAACAGAUCGACAACGGGGAUCAAUACACCCCCGCGAAGAAGUUUCUGUUGGCCGUGCCGAUAUGUCUGUUCUUGGUGAGCACGCAUUAUACCCACUACGACUUGACGUAUUUUAUGGUGAACUUUUUGGCGACUGUGGCGGUGGUGGUGCCGAAGCUGCCUGCGCUUCAUCGCAUGCGCUUCACCCUCCUCACACCGCAGCCAGAGCCGCCGGAAGAGCGACGAUAG